AGGGUUGAAUGUGAAAAUAGUGGAGUUGUAUUAUUGUUAAGUUUCUUUCUUCCUUUAAUAUGGAGUUUGGGGAGGUUUGAUAUGGAGUGUAUUUCAUUUAUUGGACGAGUUAUAGGUCUGCUUUUAAGGAAAUCAUCCAAUUCUUUUCGUUCAGUAUAGUCGAACAGAUAGAAGGGCAUUUCCAUGGAGAAUAUAUCUCCGUCACGUUUGAUCAAGCAAGAAAACAGUCCUCCAUCCAUAAUGCAUGGAAGGCAAGUUAACAUUCCUCUCAGUGUGCAUCAUUCCCCCUCUAACCAGCUCCCCUUGAUCAGUCCUCCCACACAGGAAGACCUGUGGCAUCUACCUGGACAACUGCGUAUAAACCCAUCUCUGUGGGACAAGGAGGAUGUUGGCCACUGGCUCCACUGGGCUCAGAGGGAGUAUUCACUGCGCCGGCCUGAAAAGGGACGCUUUGAGAUGAAUGGGCGAGCUCUGUGCCUGCUCACCAAGGAAGAUUUCAGACGCCGCUGCCCCAGCUCAGGCGAUGUUCUAUAUGAGAUCCUACAGUGUGUAAAACAGCAAAGGAGGAGUGUUGUCCUUGACCUCCCAAAUUCGUCUCCCUCCCUGGAAACUGGACCCAUCCAGAACCCAGUCAGCUGCCAGAUACCCCCUCAGAGUGUCCAAGAGCCUCAGCCUCCCACAGUCAAUGAAGUCCAAGAUGGGUCCGCAGCUGUCUCUCCAUUGCCCCACAACCAAGUUCAGUGUCUUCCCCAAACAGAGAGUGUAAUCCAGCAGCCGCUCAACCUGUCCAGUCGAGAGAAGCCAAGGAGCCUACUGCACAAAGCCAACGGCCGUAUCCCAGAGUGUAGACUGCUGUGGGACUAUGUGUAUCAGCUUCUGUGUGAUGACCGUUACAAAGAAUACAUCCGAUGGGAAGACCAGGACAACCUGGUGUUCAGGGUGGUGGACCCCAACGGGCUGGCGCGUCUCUGGGGAAACCACAAGGUGAGCCCCAAGGCCUGUGUGGUACAUCUUACAGGGAAAAUGAACUCAGAGAACCGAGACAAUAUGACCUAUGAGAAAAUGUCCCGGGCUUUGCGACACUACUACAAGCUCAACAUCAUCAAAAAGGAGCGAGGACAAAAACUCCUCUUCAGGUUUCUGAAACUCCCAAAGGAUACCAAGAAACCACAGGCUGACGCCGCCGAGUCUUCGGAACACUCUCUACCUCAGGACGGGGACUUUUCACACAGCAGUCCUACACAUGAGUUCAGUGAGGACCAUUUUGAGGUUUCCCCUCAUCAUGCUUCGCCACAGCAUCCACCAUAGAAAACAAAAGUAUCUAUUAGAUGUCCUAAAUACAUGUAGAAUACAACAACACAAAUGAUUACAGAAUAGAAUGGAGAUAUGUGUUCAGAAAAUUACCCAUGCAUGUACAGGUUUAACAAAAUGCAUUGUUGAGUGUAUUUUUUAAGGAAUAAUUGCACUUUGAUAUUCCAUCCAUCCAUUUUCCUCCGCAUAUCCGGGGUCGGGUCACGGUGGCAACAGGCCAAGCAGGCUGAC